UCUCUUGCAAGUACGAGGGGUUUUGAGUUUUUUGGACAGAAUUGCAGUGCAGUUCCACAACGAGAAAGGGAGAGAGAGAUGGACGAGGAGGAGCAUGAGGUGUAUGGGGGAGACAUCCCUGAUGAGGGGGAGAUGGAAGGGGAUAUGGAGGCUAAUAAUGUUGAUGUUGAGAUGGGCAGGGCCGAUGAAGAUGCCGUCAAGUUGCAGGAGCUGGAUGAGAUGAAGAAACGAUUGAAGGAGAUGGAGGAGGAAGCGGCUGCUCUUCGUGAAAUGCAGGCUAAAGUCGAGAAGGAAAUGGGUGCUGUCCAAGAUCCUGCAAGUGUAGCUGCAACUCAGGCAAGUAAGGAGGAGGCAGAUUCUCGAUCAGUGUUUGUUGGUAAUGUGGAUUAUGCAUGCACCCCAGAGGAAGUUCAGCAGCAUUUCCAAUCCUGUGGGACAGUGAACAGAGUCACUAUUUUGACUGAUAAGUAUGGUCAGCCGAAGGGUUUUGCUUAUGUUGAAUUUCUUGAAGUAGAAGCUGUCCAAGAGGCUCUCCUUCUCAAUGAAUCAGAAUUACAUGGUCGCCAAUUGAAGGUCUUGGCCAAACGAACCAACGUUCCUGGAAUGAAGCAGUUCCGCCCAAGGCGUUUCAACGCAUACAUGGGGUACCGAUUCAGGCGGCCUUAUGUACCCCCAUAUGCUUACUCCCCUUAUGGAUAUGGGAAGGUUCCCAGGUUUAGAAGGCCAAUGCGUUUCAGGCCUUACUACUGAUGGACUUUGUUCAUUUUAAGACAAAGAUAGAUAAAUAGAGAAGCUCUAUUGGAGGAACACUUCCCUUGUAAGACAUUGGAGAUAAAUAUUUAGACCUAAGGGUUUUAUUGCUAUAUUGAUGUCAUGCUGCUUGGAUUGUAUUGGAUUAUGGAUUUGAAUAUAAGAUAAUAUAUUUGAUGCUUGA